AUGAACAAUUUGUGGGAUCAAAUUCGACAGUCUCAGGAUGAGGAUGAUGAAGAGAUGAUGGCCACCAACGCCAUUGUCAUGGCUGCAGUCGCUGAAGAAUCUGGAAACCAACACCGAGGGCGCGGUUCUCAUCCGGGUCGUGCACCAAAUGAGGAACGAUAUAGAGAAGACAGGGGCAAAGGUAUGUUGGCCGACUACUUUGUCGACCGGCCAGUGUUCAAAGAUGUGGAGUUCAGAACACGUUACAGGAUGAGUCUCAAUCUCUUCCAGCGUAUAUCUACUGACCUUUGCCAGUAUGAUCGUUACUUUGUUCAAAGGUCAGAUGCUACUGGCAAAGUCGGACUUCUUCCGGAGCAGAAGAUGACAGCUGCCUUGCGAAUGCUUGCGUACGGUGCAAGGGCAGAUCAAUGUGCUGAGUAUUGUAGGAUGGCGAAAUCCACAUCCGUUGCAGCCCUUCAGCACUUCACACGAGGAAUUGUUGAUCUUUACUCAAAAAAAUACCUCCGCGCUCCAACUGCAGCCGACCUCAGACGACUUCUUACCAAAGCUGAGAGGAGAGGUUUUCCAGGAAUGAUUGGGAGCAUCGACUGUAUGCAUUGGCAAUGGAAGAAUUGUCCGACAGGUUGGGCUGGAGAAUAUAGUGGUAGGAAACAGAUCCCCACUAUCAUCCUGGAAGCAGUCGCAUCUUACGACACAUGGAUUUGGCAUGCAUUCUUUAGAGUGCCUGGGGCAUGCAACGACCUGAACGUCUUGGCAAAGUCUCCAUUGUUUGAUGAUCUUACCGCCGGUAGAGCACCUCUUGUCCAAUUCCACGUUAACAACAGAGCUGACAAUCUAGGGUACUAUCUCGCCGACGGUAUUUAUCCUCGAUGGGCGACUUUCUUGAAAACUGUUCGAAAUCCUACACGCCCCAAGGAAAUCGAGUUUGCAAAGGCUCAAGAGGGGUAUAGGAAGGAUGUAGAAAGAUGCUUUGGUAUAUUACAGUCAUGGUUUGGUAUUAUUCGAGGAGCUGCUCGUGGGUGGCAUAAAGAGGACCUUCGAUACAUUAUGUUGACGUGUAUUAUAUUACACAACAUGAUUGUCGAAAAUCAACGACCUGAAGAUAGCGAUGAUGAGUUAGAGUCCGAUGAUGAGGAGGUUGAUAAUAUGAGGCCCAGGAUUGCUGAGGUAUGGGAGGGACCAACAUGUAGAGACUUUGAUCCUGUUGGUAGAGAUGCUCAUCAUAUGAACGGAUUCAUGGACCGCUACCAACAAAUUAGAUCUGAGCAGUGUCACUCCAACCUUCAGGAAGACCUCAUUCAACACUUUUGGGAAUUUCAAGGCAAUAGGCGUAUCUAG